AGCAGAGGAGACACCGCCGCAGUUGCUGCCACCUCCGGGGUUUCUGGCUCUUUUCUCAUCGCCUUAAAUUCGGGUGUCUUUUAUGAAUAAUCAAAAGCAGCAAAAGCCAACGCUAUCAGGCCAGCGUUUUAAAACCAGAAAAAGAGAUGAAAAAGAGAGGUUUGACCCUACUCAGUUUCAAGACUGCAUUAUUCAAGGCUUAACUGAAACUGGUACUGAUUUGGAAGCAGUAGCAAAGUUUCUUGAUGCUUCUGGAGCAAAACUUGAUUACCGACGAUAUGCAGAAACACUCUUUGACAUUCUGGUGGCUGGCGGAAUGCUGGCCCCAGGUGGUACACUGGCAGAUGACAUGAUGCGUACAGAUGUCUGUGUGUUUGCAGCACAAGAAGACCUGACCAUGCAAGCAUUUGCUCAGGUUUUUAACAAGUUAAUCAGGCGCUACAAAUACCUGGAGAAAGGUUUUGAAGAUGAAGUUAAAAAGCUGCUGCUGUUCUUAAAGGGUUUUUCAGAGUCGGAAAGGAACAAGCUGGCUAUGUUGACUGGUGUUCUUCUGGCUAAUGGAACACUUAAUGCAUCCAUUCUUAAUAGCCUUUACAAUGAGAAUUUGGUUAAAGAAGGGGUUUCAGCAGCUUUUGCUGUAAAGCUCUUUAAAUCAUGGAUAAAUGAAAAAGAUAUCAAUGCAGUAGCUGCAAGUCUUCGGAAAGUGAGCAUGGAUAACAGACUGAUGGAACUUUUUCCUGCCAAUAAACAAAGCGUUGAACACUUCACGAAGUAUUUUACUGAGGCAGGCUUGAAGGAGCUUUCAGAAUAUGUUCAGAAUCAGCAAACCAUAGGAGCUCGUGAGGAACUCCAGAAAGAACUUCAAGAACAGAUGUCCCGUGGUGAUCCAUUUAAGGAUAUAAUUUUGUAUGUCAAGGAAGAAAUGAAAAAAAACAACAUCCCAGAACCCGUUGUCAUUGGAAUAGUAUGGUCCAGCGUAAUGAGCACUGUGGAAUGGAACAAAAAAGAGGAGCUUGUGGCAGAGCAAGCCAUCAAGCACUUGAAGCAAUAUAGCCCUCUACUUGCUGCCUUUACAACUCAAGCUGAAGUUCUGAGUGAAGAACCCAUUCUAAAAUGGUAUAAAGAUGCACACGUUGCCAAGGGGAAGAGUGUCUUCCUUGAGCAAAUGAAAAAGUUUGUAGAGUGGCUCAAAAAUGCUGAAGAGGAAUCUGAGUCUGAAGCUGAAGAAGGUGACUGAAUUUUGAAACUACACCGUCAGUAAAGCAAACAGGAGUUGUAGAUAAAAUGUCAUGUCUCAUGUGUCCUGGUUCUUACAUCUUCCUACCUCCCUAUAUCAAGCAUGAUAUAAGGGCUUUCAUGGCAAAUUUUAUUUUAACUGUUUCUAUGGUUACUGGAAAUGUUGGAUUUAGUUUCUAAAACCAUGUUUUAGGUAGCUACAGGAGCUAUAGAUUUGAAUCUGAUGUUGCAUUAGUCUUUUCAGUUAUCUUCUACCUCCUGUAUUUUCUACUGUAAUAAUGUAAUUUAAGGCCUUCCACAAUGAACAGUUCACUUUA